GAAACUUGGGAACUUUGAGCAUGACAAGGGGGUUAAGAUUCCUGUGUUGGCCCCUGUGGCCUUUGACCCUCUUCAGCCUGUUCACCACCGUGAAGAUGCUGGAAUUCGGUGGGGCGCCUGGCCAGUGGGCACGUUACGGACGCUGGGAAGCUGGAUCAGUGGGCGAGCUGAGCUUCAGCCUCAAGACCAACAUCAGCAAAGCCUUGGUACUCUACCUGGACGAUGGCGGCAACUGCGACUUCCUGGAGCUCCUGAUCGCCGGGGGGCGCCUCCAGCUGCGCUUCGCCAUCCACUGCGCCGAGCCGGCCACUUUGCACAUGGAGACGCGGGUGAAUGACGACCGCUGGCACAUGGUUCUACUCACCCGCAACUUCCGUGAGACACUCCUGAUGGUGGACGGCGAGACAAAAGUGGCCGAGGUCAAAUCCAAGAGGAAGGAGAUGGCGGUGGUCAGUGACCUGUUUGUGGGCGGGAUCCCUCCGGAUGUACGCCUCUCUGCGCUGACGUCUAGCACGGUGAAGUACGAGCCACCGUUCCAGGGUUUGAUCUCCAACCUGAAGGUCGGCGAGAUGCCUCCUACUUUGUUAAACAGUCAGGGCAUUCAGAGCGACCUGGAGUACCUCUGCACCAAACAGAACCCGUGCUUCAAUGGAGGGUUUUGCUCUAUUCAGUAUGGAGAAGUUCACUGUGAUUGCACCCACACCCGCUUCAAGGGGAAGUACUGCAAGGAAGCUGAAGAGUAUGCUGUUGAAGGUCUGGCGCACCUGACGUUAAACGACCAAGGUGACUCAUCUCAAGUCGGUAAGGAAGAGUCAGUAGCCACCUUCAAAGGCAACGAGUUCUUCUGCUACGACCUGUCGCUGACACCCAUCCAGAGCAGCACCGACGAGAUCACGCUCUCCUUCCGCACGCUGCAGCGUAACGGCCUCAUGCUGCACACCGGCAAGUCUGCAGACUAUGUGAACCUCUCGUUGAAGAGCGGCGCCGUCUGGCUGGUCAUCAACCUGGGCUCGGGGGCAUUCGAGGCCCUGGUGGAGCCCGUCAACGGCAAGUUCAACGACAACGCCUGGCAUGACGUGCGCGUCACCCGCAACCUGCGCCAGCACGCAGGCAUUGGACACGCUAUGGUGACCAUCUCAGUGGAUGGUAUAUUGACCACCACUGGUUACACCCAGGAAGAUUACACCAUGUUGGGCUCGGAUGACUUCUUCUACAUUGGAGGGAGCCCCAACACGGCCGACCUGCCCGGAUCGCCAGUCAGCAACAACUUCAUGGGCUGCCUUAAAGAUGUGGUGUACAAGAACAACGACUUUAAGCUGGAGCUGUCACGGCUGGCCAUCGAGCGCGACCCUAAAAUCACCCUGAAUGGUGACCUGGUGUUCCGCUGCGAGGACGUGGCGGCCCUGGACCCAGUCACCUUUGAGACCCCCGAGUCCUACAUCUCCCUGCCCAAGUGGAACACCAAGAAGACAGGAUCUAUCUCCUUUGACUUCCGCACUACAGAGCCCAGCGGGCUCCUGCUCUUCAGCCACGGCCGUCCUCAGGGUCCCAAAGAGCAGAAGCCUGGAAGGGAACUGAAGACUGAUUACUUUGCCAUGGAGCUGCUGGAGGGGUAUUUGUACCUGCUGAUCGAUAUGGGCUCUGGAAAAACAAAGCUGAAGGCCAGCAACAAGAAGGUCAAUGACGGGGAAUGGUGUCAUGUGGAUUUCCAGAGGGAGGGGAGGAAAGGAUCUAUCUCCGUCAACAGCCGCAGCAUGCCCUUCAGCUCCCCAGAGGGCAGUGAAAUCCUGGACCUGGACAGCGAUAUGUACCUGGGCGGGCUGCCCGAGUCCAAGUCAGACCUCAUCUUGCCGCCUGAGGUGUGGACGGCGCUGCUCAACUACGGCUAUGUAGGCUGCGUCCGCGACCUCUUCAUCGACGGCAAGAGCCGCGACGUCCGCCGCCUCGCAGAGAUCCAGAGCGCGUUUGGUGUCAGCAGUUUCUGCACCCGUGAACUGCAGAAGAGGUGCAGCAGCGCCCCCUGUGGCAACGGAGGUCUGUGCAAAGAGGGCUGGAACCGCUACAUAUGUGAUUGCAUCGGCACCGGAUACCUCGGGACCAACUGUGAGAUAGAGGCGACGGUGCUGAGCUACGACGGCAGCAUGUACCUGAAGAUCAUCAUGCCGGUCACCAUGCACACGGAGGCGGAGGACGUGGCGCUGCGCUUCAUGUCUCAGCGGGCGUACGGACUCCUCAUGGCCACCACCUCCAAGGAGUCGGCGGACACCCUGCGACUUGAGCUGGAUGGAGGCCGGGUCAAGCUCACAGUGAACCUCGGCAAAGGACCCGAGACGCUGUUCGCGGGGCAGAAGCUGAACGACAAUGAGUGGCACACGGUGAAGGUGGUGCGACGAGGCAAGAGCCUGCAGCUGUCUGUGGAUAAUGUCACAGUGGAAGGCCAGAUGACUGGUGCCCACACGCGUCUCGAGUUCCACAACAUAGAGACCGGCAUCAUGACUGAGCGGCGCUUCAUCUCCGUGGUGCCCUCAAACUUCAUCGGCCACCUCCAGGGUCUGACCUUCAAUGGGGUGCCCUACCUAGACCAGUGCAAAAAUGGCGACAUCUCCUACUGCGAACUGAACGCCCGCUUCGGCAUGCGCCACAUCAUUGCAGAUCCGGUGACGUUUCGAACGAAAGGCAGCUAUUUAGCUUUAGCCACGUUACAAGCUUACGCCUCCAUGCACCUCUUCUUUCAGUUUAAAACCACCACGCCAGACGGCCUGAUGCUUUUCAACUCUGGAGACGGGAGUGACUUUAUUGUCGUGGAACUGGUGAAGGGAUACGUCCACUAUGUCUUUGAUCUCGGCAACGGGCCGUCGCUGAUGAAGGGCAACUCCGACAAGCCGCUCAAUGACAACCAGUGGCACAACGUGGUGGUGUCCCGGGACGCCAACAACGUACAUACGCUUAAGAUUGACUCACGCACCGUGACGCAGCACUCCAAUGGAGCCCGCAACCUGGACCUCAAAGGGGAGCUGUACAUCGGUGGCGUGACAAAGAACAUGUACAGCAAUCUGCCCAAGCUGAUCGCAUCCCGGGACGGGUACCAGGGCUGCCUGGCCUCUGUGGACCUGAACGGGAGACUCCCCGACCUGAUCGCAGAUGCCCUCCACAGGGUGGGUCAGGUGGAACGAGGCUGCGAUGGACCCAGUACCACCUGUACGGAGGAGUCUUGCUACCAUCAGGGGGUGUGUCUCCAGCAGUGGGAGGGCUUCACCUGCGACUGCACCAUGACGUCCUAUGGAGGUUCAUUCUGCAACGACCCUGGGACAACUUACAUCUUCGGGAGAGGCGGAGCCCUCAUCACAUAUACCUGGCCACCCAAUGACCGGCCGAGCACACGGGCAGACCGGCUGGCAGUGGGCUUCAGCACGCAGCUGAAGGAGGCUAUUCUGGUCAGGGUAGAGAGCGCCAAGGGACUUGGAGAUUACCUGGAGCUGCACAUAGAACGGGGAAAGAUCGGCGUGAUCUUCAACGUGGGAACGGACGACAUAACCAUCGAGGAGAGUGCAGUGAUGGUGAGCGACGGCAAAUAUCACGUGGUGCGAUUCACGCGGAGUGGUGGUAACGCCACACUACAGGUGGACAACCAGCCGGUCAUCGAACGUUUCCCAUCAGGGAACUUUGAUAAUGAGCGCCUGGCUAUUGCUAGACAAAGAAUCCCAUACCGACUCGGUCGGGUAGUUGACGAGUGGCUACUCGACAAAGGUCGCCAGUUGACCAUCUUCAACAGCCAGGCGUUCAUCAAAAUCGGUGGCGGUGGAGAGAAGGGGCGCCACUUCCAGGGGCAGAUCUCAGGUCUAUACUACAACGGCCUGCAGGUGCUCAAACUGGCAGCUGAGGGCGACCCCAACGUCCAGACCCAGGGCAACCUGCGGCUGGUGGGCGACAUGCCCUCGGUGCUCACCACUGACACCACCUCCACCACCCCGCUGGCUGAUAUGUCCACCACAAUCAUGGAGACAACAACGACUAUGGCCACAACCACCACCCGGAAACAGCGCUCGCCAACCAUGAGGGACAGUGUCACACAGAAUGCGGAUGACCUCUUGGUAGCAUCAGCUGAGUGUCCUAGCGAUGACGAAGAUUUGGAGGAGUGUGAGCCUGGAAAUGGAGGUGAAUUAGUGUUGCCCAUAAUAACGGUGGACUCCCUAGACCCCCCAUCCAUCGCCACCCGCUACCCAGUAAUCCCCCCACCCCCCACUACCUACCGCCCAUUCCUCACCCUCCUCGAAACCACCAAAGAGUCCCUCCCCUUGCCCAAUGGUCGGCCCCCUUGCCCCUUGGACCAGGAGGACUGCGAGGAGACCAUCGAGGUGUCGGCGUACGGCUCGGGGGAGAUGACCGAGUCAGAUGACGAGGACUAUUACAAAAACUCCCCCCUGGUCACCGACAGGACUGUCCUCCCUCCUCCCCCGGCCGUAGAGGGCAGUGUCCAGAACCCCCGCGACCGCCAUUUCUCACGCUCCCCCAACUCCCACCGCCCGCCUCUGUCCUCCACCCCCACAGCCAACCCUGACCAGCUCAGCCCGCACAUCAAGCCCGCUGCUGGCGGCAGCAGCAGUAGCAACAACAAAAUUCCCGCCGGAAAAAUGAACACCCGGGACCAGGUGCUGCUGCCGCCGGCCCACCCCUCGUCAGACCCGGGCCACCGCAGAGUCCCCGGAAUAACCUACCCCCCGAAUUUUCCCCAUGUUCCCACUCCAGACCCCACGUCCCCAGAGAGAGGGCUCCCUGGCGCCGUGGAGGUGCAGCAGUCCAGCAGCACCACAGGGAUGGUGGUCGGCAUCGUGGCAGCCGCCGCCCUCUGCAUCCUCAUCCUGCUCUACGCCAUGUACAAGUACCGCAACCGCGACGAGGGCUCCUACCAGGUGGACCAGAGCCGCAACUACAUCAGUAACUCAGCCACGCAGAGUAACGGAGCCCUGGUGAAGGAGAAACAGCCCAGCACUGCCAAGACGGUCACCAAGAACAAGAAGAACAAAGACAAGGAGUACUACGUCUGAGGGAGCACCGCCGGGACACACAGAGACAGACAGGAGAUGCACUUAGAGAAGGAAAGAGACAAGCGAGAGCAAGAGGGAGAGAGAACCGGCAGUAUAUGGAAAACGGCUUGCAGAGAGCAUUUAAAACUCAGUAUUGACAGGUGGCCAAACACCAAUCCAGUCUAAUCACAGGGAGGCGACAUCGUGGUUCUGUUCACACCGUUCAGCGUUGCUUUGAUUUGACGACUUAUAAACCAUGGUGUGGAUUUAAGGAAAGGCUACACCUCAGAUCUCAACACAUAACUGUGCCAACAACCGUGUUCUAAAUACUGAUAAAGCAGUGAUUUAUGGGUAAGUACGUGACAGGUUAUUUAAUAUCUCGAGUACUGUAGGAACCGUCAGUAUUUGUGUCAUGGCCCGUACUUCAUUCUGAGGCGAGCUUGUGGUGUAAGCCUUCACCUUAGACAGUAUCAGCGUAUUAUUUCCCACCUGUUUGAAUUAGCGACUGUAAAAUCGAUAUACUGCCAGCUUACAGAAACAUCGUGUCAAAGCCAGCCCUCUGUAAGUACUCCACAUCUCCUAACCUCUCGUCAGAUCUCUCUCUCUCUUCCUCUCAUUCGCUCGUGCACUCUGUUUCUCUCCUUGUCUACGGUGCUCUGCAGCCGAUGCGACGUAAAACUCUGCCGUGUUUCAAGCAUGUAGUAUUCAUUUACGACAAAAGAGAUAAAAACUGUUUUUCUUUACUGUGGAGUUUUAAAAAAAAAUAACAAAAAAUAAAUGACGAUGACUGAUGAUCAUAACGUUAAACGUAGCAACUAUGUGAGAUACCAACCGCUCCAACCUACUGGAUGAUAACUUGUACGUUUAGCCGCCAAAAACUUCUUGAGGCCAAAACCCCUUUGGUCGUCCUUUGUUCCAGCAGAUCUAUGUCAUGUGUUUCUGGGGGCUUCGAGGCACCCCCUAGUGGGCCAGCAGAGAAACUGUCACGUCCUUACUAAUAACCGAAAAACAGAAAACACCUCCAGCAAACAAGAAGAACUCUGUUCUAUAUAAUUAUAAAUAUAUGUAUAGACGUUGCAGAAACCUAUGGACCUAAAGCGUGAGUGGAAAAGCAAGAUGAUAUUGCGCAGCGAAGAUAGGAUUUUUGACGUCGGAACAGUGACACCGCCCGAACCCCCCGUUCCCCAGACCCCCGCCCCCUCUCAUGAACAGUACGGCUGAUGCAACGCCUUGCUGCCAGCCUCAGUCACUUUGGUUUGCUCUUUUUUUUUUUUUGUUCCUUUUUUUUUUAAUUUGAUUCUUUUCUCUGGAGAAAUGAGAGAGACAUUUUAGGGAAAUUCUGAAUUUAUUCUCGCGAGUUCCACUGCGGAGAGAGAUACCUUGCAGCUGAAAAAGCGACUGUGUCUUUCGCCCCCACCCCUCUUUAGCCUGACUGGACUGACGGCAGCCAAUGGGCAAACUUUGUGGGAAGAGCACACACUAAUAAAACGGUGAACGGCAGUUCCCUGGAAGAUGUACAACAGAACUCUAGUAUUCCAAUUUUCUCAACUCUAUAAAAAAAGAAAACUGUACCAUGAAAAGAAAAGAAAAAUCCUGAAAAAAGUUUGUGAAAUGUCUAAAUAUUUGACUCUCAUCCCAUUACUAAGAGAAAUGUGUUUUCCCUACUAUCAUUCCUGUUUGGAGAAAAAAAUGACUAUGAUUCUGGGAAACUGAAAUUUCUAUUUUAUUUUUUUUUAAUUAUUUUGGUAAUUUAGCAAUGUGAUUUGGGUUAUUAACAUGAAACCAUGCAUUCUCCUUUUAGUCCAUCCUCCAUCUGUCAUCCUCAAUCUAUUUUUUGUCCCGCAUCUAUUCCUUUUUCUCUGUAUGGCAGAUUGUACGUCCCCAUACCCUGUGGAGAAAGCAGGCUCUAUCCAUCCUCCAUUUUUUAAAAUUUGUUUUAUAUCUAUUUCUGUCUAUCUGGCUGGAGACAAGAUUGAUUCACUCUCCUGCCAUGUCCGUCUGGUUUCUCUCUUUCUCCAUUCCAAGCAUACUCCUCCCAGUAUCUUCCUGUUCUUUCUAAAUGUUAUUGUAAAGUGUUCCAGUGAGAUGACUCUAAAUAUGUGUACA